UGCGCCCAGGGCUCCGAGCUGUACAGUGACCGGGGGAUGUGAUCGUCUGCAGCGGGCUCCACUCACCUGCCAGCGGCCGCACCAUGAAGACCAUCAUCGCCGCCUACUCCGGGGUGCUGCGGGGGACUGGAUCCAGUAUCCUGUCAACGGUGUACGACCUGCCCUCCAUCCCUUGGUUAUCAAAGUCUCGGGUGGAAAAACAUCUCCAGAUCAUAUCAGUCUUGCAAUGGGUCAUCAGCUUCCUUGUUAUGGGUGUGGUGUGUACCGUGAUCCUCCUCUACAUCUUCUGUACAGACUGCUGGCUGAUUGCUGCGCUGUACCUGGCCUGGCUGGUCUUUGACUGGAAUACCCCUAAUAAAGGUGGAAGACGGUCCAAGUGGGUUAGGAACUGGGCAGUGUGGAGGUAUUUCAGGGACUACUUUCCAAUUCGGCUGGUCAAGACUCACAACCUCCUCCCCAGCCGGAAUUACAUAUUUGGCUACCACCCGCACGGAAUCAUGUGUCUGGGGGCGUUUUGCAACUUUGGUACGGAAGCCACCGGCGUCGCCAAGAAAUUCCCCGGAAUAAAGCCGUACCUAGCCACCCUGGCUGGGAACUUCAGAAUGCCGGUUCUGAGGGACUACUUAAUGUCUGGAGGAAUCUGCCCUGUGAACCGUGAUACGAUAGAUUACAUCCUCUCGAAAAAUGGCACUGGAAAUGCAGUGGUGAUAGUGGUCGGGGGGGCAGCGGAAUCCCUGAACUGCCAACCAGGCAAAAAUUCAGUGACGCUAAAGCAGAGGAAAGGAUUUGUCAAGAUUGCAUUACAGCAUGGUGCGGACCUAGUGCCAGUCUACUCGUUUGGGGAGAAUGAAGCCUACAAGCAGGUGGUGUUUGAAGAAGGUUCUUGGGGUCGAUGGUUGCAGAGGAAAUUCCAGAAAUAUAUUGGUUUCGCCCCGUGUGUCUUCCAUGGUUGCGGGUUCUUCUCCUCUGACAGCUGGGGUCUAGUUCCAUAUUCCAAUCCGAUCACCACUGUCGUUGGAGAGCCCAUCACUGUCCCUAAAAUAGAGCAGGCGAACCAGAGAGAUGUGGAUCUUUAUCACAGCAUGUACCUGGCCUCUCUCGAAAAGCUCUUCAACAAGUACAAGACCAAGUUCGGGUUGUUGGAGUCUGAUGUCUUGGAAAUCAACUGAAGUUGGUUUAACGGUGCUGAAUGACUGCAAUGAGACUGAUGCUCUCUGCCUUCUAUUGGAAAGUGCUUAUUGUGACUCUAGCCGCCCAUCUUUCUGCCCCCCCACCCCUACAUCAAUGACUGAGCUCUUUUACGCCUUCUGCUUUAUAAACUUUACCUCCUAAAGCCAUUCUCAUUUUGUGGUGACAGAUCCACAGCUGGACCUGCUAAUCCAGUAGAAAUCUCAGCACUUAAUUGCAGAUGAGCUAUUUUUGUUGAAGUGUAUAGACUUUCCCGUUGCGUGGCUCAAUAGCCGUUCAUGCUUCAGAAGACUACAUAGGUGUUUGGUCACUUCAGCAUGUCAGUCUGGUCCAGGUUCUCCUGUUGCACAGCUGCAGAUCUAGAAGACCAACCAUGGUAGAAAACUUCUCGUCUUCUAACAGGACAUCUCGUUACACCUGCAAACCUGCUUAAUGUGUGCUAUGGCUAUAUCCUACCAAUUGCAGUGUUAAGGUUACAUUGUAGUUAGUGUUGGACUUAAAGCGGCAAUCUCAGACUUUUUUUAUUUUAUUUUUUCUUCAAAUAGUACAGCAAUUUUAAGCAAUAUCUGAAUCAUUUUACUUAACUGCCUGCCUCCAUCUCCUUUCCAAAAUCUCUCUAAAUGGUGCACCAGUAUGGUUGCCAGUCACUCACAGAUCUCUUAUGGCGGGUGUAGGGGGUUCACAGAGCUCAGGGGGGUAUUUGUGACCGGUUGCCUUGACAAUGCAAGCCCUGCACAACUAUAAAUCACAUUUUUUUUGGGGGGGGGAGAUUGCUGCUUUAAUGUGCCUAACUCUGGAAUAUGGAGAGGUUAGUAUUACCAUGUAGAACCUUACACAUCAGAAUCCGUUAUGAGAUGUUUGAAACCAUAGAGAAGUAAAUGAAAGCUUUGACCAAAACUAACCUUUUAUUUCAGGCUCAGGCAACCCUUUACUGUAAUUGGUCAAAGUAAAAUGGUGCUGUGAUACCCAUGGUGUCCCCUUGGGCAUUUCAUGGCCAGGCUGGGUAACAGUUUGUUGAUACCAGUUGUAUGAUCCUGCCACUGCAUGCAGUAAUUGUUUUCAGGUGACAAUGCCAUGGUCUAAAUCUUCGGUGAUGUGCAAAUUUUGGAUAAAAAUCUUGUUAAUUCCUUACAACAUUUCACUUAGCAUACAUUUUUAUUCUUUUCAUGUAAAAACUAUACUUUGAAAGUGACUAUAUCAGACAGGAAAUGGACAGAUUUAAAUCCAUAGGGUGCAAUUCAAUUACUUAUUAGGUGCCAUCUAGUGGGCGCCUGACAGCAGCAAUUCGCUUCUGCCAGACAUACUGUAGGGGGUUAUUUGCUAAAUGGUGGCUUUUCAGAGGCACAGACUAUUAAAAUACACCAUAAGUAAACCCCAUAGGGUCACAUGUAUUAGGGAAAGAUUGAAAAUUGUGAAAGUAAAAAAAAAAAAAAAAAAAUUAUUUUUGGCCUAACUCAGACAAUAGGUGAGAUGUAAUAGCGCCGGAGGUGCAGGAUGCCAUCCAACUUCCGAUUUUAAAAAAAAUUAUUUUUUUUUAAAGUGGAAGUUAUUUACAAAGCAUGUUUUUACAUUGUAAAUGCUUGCUGCUUUAAAAGUCUGAAGGGCCCCAUACACUAGAACGAUAUGUCUGAGGCUGAAGUCGGAGGCGACUUCCCAUGAACUCUCCCGGUAGCUUCCCGGGAGUGGUUCCAUACGAUUUGGUACAUUUUGCAUGCAAUAUAUCGUAUGUGAUCCCAGCCAUACCUGCGGGAACCGACCUAUCACGAGUGCAGCACUAACUACCUAGAGGAGUCUAACCGGGGCCGCGGAUCGGAUACACAGCCAAAAUGCCCGAUUUCACCCAAUAUAUUGGCCCGAAUUGGGCAUAAUCGUUCUAGUGUAUAGGGCCCUUGAGAAAGGCCAGCAUCCUGCACCUCUGAUAAUCUGGAUGAUACAUUUCUCCUAUUAGGCCGAUAGACUGUCCUGUAAUUCUGAAGAACCAAAACCAUAUAAAGUCUGAUUGCCUUCCGUUCCUAGCACUUGGACUAAAUAGUCUUUUAGUAUGAUUGCUGUAUCUGUCAACCAUAUGCUGGCUGAAGACCUAUUAUGCUCAUCCAUUUCAUUAGGAACUAGUGACAAUAUUGAGGCUCGAGGUACACCAAGUCUCCUGUAAAAUAACUUGCUCCUUCUAGGCUUUGAUCGGCUCAACAAAAAUAUUGGGUAAAACUCCCGUCCACCCCUUUUUAUGAAGUUUUUGGGCCAAUAAGUGGCUCUUACCUGAGCCAAUAUUAAACCCUGCGGUACAUCCCUUUUUUUUUUUUUUUAUUCCUUCCUUUCUCAAAGCACAAUCAAUGCAACAUGGUAAAUACCCCUUAUCUGCGGGUAAAUAACCAAAUAGACUUUUUAUUUUUUAAAUAUAUACAUAUAUAAAUAUAUAUAAAGUACAAAUCUCCUCCCACCAUUCAGCUGUAAGAAUGUAUGUUGGUUACCUGAAUAACACUUUUGGGUAAAUGUAACGGCCUGCAAGUUUCUGGCGAAUAUUUUAAAGGGCGAUCAUUUAAAAUGCAAAACCAAUUUUUUUUAUUUUUAUUUAUUUUUUUUUAUUUUUUUUUAAGGAUUGCCCCUUUAAAACGUCACACAGGCUAUUACAUUUACCCCUGUGUUGAUCUGUAAAUGUUGGGAUAGGGGACAAGUAUUGGGGAAAGUGCAAUUUCUUUUUUGAAUGAAGAAUUCUAGGGAGAAAUAUUUUAUUGUGAUGAAACUAUGUUGUCGAUUGUUUCUGUGAUGCUGGGUAAGUGUUUACAUAAUCUCUGGCUCUUCCUGAAUGGGAUACAAAGUCAUCUAUGAAUGUCGGAUUUUAUUUAAUGUGCCUUGAUCUGUGUACAUGACACCAGUAUUUUACGCCUUGCCUGUAUCAGAACGCUUGCUGUACUAUAGUCAUCACUUAUUUUUGUACCAGUGAUUGUAAAUAAAUGAUCAUGUGUUCUGUA